UGUUCCUUCACAUUUUUCUGGGGACCUUAUCACCAAGAAAGCAAUGCCAGGGAGCAAAGCAUGAAUCCCCUCUCCCUCCUCCACACCGCAAAUGCACCACCACCACCAUGCCCUCUCCUCCACCACCACCGUCAAAAACCCACCACAGUCUCAGUCUCAGUCUUAUUCCCGCACAGACACAACAGAUUCCGAUGCUGCUCCUCCAUCGAGAUCGACAUGGUGAGAGACAACAAGACAGGCUCCUACGCCGCUAAACAGAACAAGGUCGUCGUCCUCUGGGACCUCGACAACAAACCCCCCCGCGGCCCACCGUACCACGCCGCCGUCUCCCUCAAAACCCUAGCCGAAUCCUUCGGCGACGUCGUCGACAUCUCCGCCUACGCCAACCGCCACGCCUUCAUCCACCUCCCUCAGUGGGUCCUCCACGAGCGCCGCCAACGCAAAACCACCGACAUCCUCGAGAAAAAGGGCAUCGUCACGCCCUCUGAUCCCUACGUCUGCACCGUCUGCGGCCGCAAGUGCAAGACCAAUCUCGAUCUGAAGAAGCACUUCAAGCAGUUACAUCAGCGCGAGCGGCAGAAGAAGCUGAAUCGCAUGAACUCGCUCAAGGGGAAGAAGCGACAGCGGUUUAAGGAGAGGUUUAUUCGUGGGAACCAUAAGUAUAACGAGGCGGCCAGGACGCUUGUGACGCCCAAGGUUGGGUAUGGUUUAGCCUCGGAGCUGCGGCGUGCUGGGGUUUUUGUCAAGACGGUGGAGGAUAAGCCUCAGGCGGCGGAUUGGGCGUUGAAGAGGCAGAUGCAGCAUUCCAUGAGUAGAGGGAUUGAUUGGUUGUUUUUGGUUUCAGAUGAUUCGGAUUUCUCCGAGAUGUUGAAGCGGGCCAGGGAGGCCAAUUUGGGGACCGUGGUGGUCGGGGAUGCCGAUAGGGCAUUGGGGCAGCAUGCUGAUUUUUGGGUUCCCUGGAUUGCGGUCGAGAAGGGCGAGGUUUCGGAGAUGGAUUUGAAGAACAGGGAGAGGAGGAGGAGAAGAACAACAACAGAGGAUUCGCCGGAUGGCUUGUUUUUCAAUGAGGGUGAUGAGGAAUUGGAUGAUGAUUUUGUGUUGGUGUAUAGUGAGGAUGAUGAUGAUGAUGAGGAGGACUACACAGAUGAUGAGGAUGAAGAAGAAGGAGGGUUUUAUUCUUUAUAAAUGAAGUUAGAAUUGAUUGGAGAUUUCUGAAUCAAUUACCCAAAUAGAGACACUGAUUGAUAGAAAGUUUGGAUUAGCUUCUCUCUCAUCAUAAUCAAUUCAGGCACCCAUAAGAAGGAUCUAUUGAAGACAAAGAGAAACAAUGGCUAAGAGAUCAUGAGAGGAGAGAUGGGGUCUAGCCUCCUGGUCACGACGCUCUUUAAUGACUCAGAAGAAAAGAGACUGCGAAGGUGACGAGAUGAACAUAUAAGAUACAUUGUUGUAAUGUAGGCACAAUGGGCUAGGUUUGUGGUAUCGUUAUGGUCCGCCGGCGGCGCGGUUACAUGGUGAAGCUGCGGUUUUGGCGGUGUGAGGCAGAGGGCUCAAUGAAGACUCUCUUUCUUAGGAGUUUUGCGACUGGAGGCAGGACAUGGCGGUGAACUUGGUUGGCUUAGGUGGUUGUCGUGGUGGAAGAACGGCGUCUGAGUGCAGAGGACGGUUUAGCCUCUUGGAAGUUAUAUGAGAUCUGAUAAAGGUUGGGAAGAUACCUCCAUGGAAGAACCUAAGAAGGCUCGUGAGUUCAGCUAUUUCUACAUUUUCACUGUAAAUUGACAUUUUUUUUCUUGGACUAUGUAAAGAUUGAUUCUGGUAUAUUGUUUCUUUUAGGCUUAAUUAAGUUUUUGAUCCAUAACCUUUGGCAUAAA